UAUGAAUUACACACAAGCAAUUACUCAGACGCGAUCUUGUGUGUGCAUAUAUAUGCGACGACGACGAUGAAGAGAGUGACUUUGGCCAUACCACGAACGAAGACAGAAAUGUUGAGGAUUCUGGGGAGAAGGGCUGUUUCAGCUUCUGGGGAGCUGACGAAUCUUCAUCAAUGGCAGCGAUCACGACAAGACCCUUUUCGAGUUUUCCACGGAUUGCAAAGGGGUUUCUGCUUGGGCGUCCUUCCCGAUGGCGUCGACAGAAAUUCGGAAGCUUUUUCCCGCAACUCGGUCGCCAUGGAAGGAAUCCUCUCCGAACUCCGCUCCCACAUCAACAAGGUGUUGGGCGGUGGUGGAGAAGAAGCAGUGAAGAGACACAGAAGCAGGAACAAGCUUUUGCCUAGAGAGAGGAUCGAUCGGCUUCUUGAUCCUGGAUCUUCUUUCUUGGAGCUCUCUCAGCUUGCAGGACAUGAACUGUACGAGGAACCAUUACCAUCUGGUGGGAUAAUAACAGGAAUAGGUCCUGUCCAUGGUCGCCUUUGCAUGUUUGUGGCAAAUGACUCUACAGUAAAGGGCGGAACCUAUUAUCCCAUAACCAUUAAGAAACAUCUUAGGGCACAAGAGAUUGCUGCUCGAUGUAAACUACCGUGCAUAUAUCUUGUUGAUAGUGGUGGUGCUUUCCUUCCAAAGCAGGCCGAGGUUUUCCCCGACAAGGAAAAUUUCGGUAGGGUUUUCUACAACGAAGCUGUUUUGUCAUCGGAAGGGAUUCCCCAAAUCGCCAUUGUUUUAGGCUCGUGCACUGCUGGUGGGGCUUAUAUCCCCGCCAUGGCUGAUGAGAGUGUGAUGGUGAAAGGGAACGGUACCAUAUUUUUGGCCGGACCCCCUCUCGUAAAGGCUGCUACCGGGGAGGAAAUCUCGGCAGAGGAUUUAGGAGGGGCCACGGUCCACUGCAAAGUGUCUGGGGUCUCGGAUUAUUUUGCUCAAGAUGAGCUGCAUGGACUUGCUAUUGGAAGAAACAUUGUCAAGAAUUUGCACAUGGCUGCAAAAUCGGGGACAGCAGGAAGCGUUGGAAGUGUUGCAAAUCUUGAAUAUAAGGAGCCAUUAUACGACAUAAACGAGUUACGUUCCAUUGCACCUGUAGACCACAAACAGCAAUUUGAUGUUCGGUCAAUUAUUGCUCGGAUUGUUGAUGGGAGUGAAUUCGACGAGUUCAAGAAACUCUAUGGCACUACACUUGUGACAGGUUUCGCUCGAAUUUACGGUCAGCCAGUAGGAAUCCUUGGGAACAAUGGAAUACUCUUCAAUGAAUCUGCACUGAAAGGAGCUCACUUCAUCGAAAUAUGUUCUCAACGCAAAAUUCCUUUGAUUUUCCUUCAGAACAUCACGGGUUUUAUGGUGGGAUCGAGAGCCGAAGCCAAUGGCAUUGCAAAAUCGGGAGCAAAAAUGGUCAUGGCAGUAUCUUGUGCUAAGGUUCCGAAAAUUACUAUCAUGACUGGUGCAAGCUUCGGUGCUGGAAACUACGCGAUGUGUGGCCGUGCAUUUAGUCCUGAUUUCAUGUUCAUGUGGCCAAAUGCCAGAAUUGGUAUCAUGGGCGGUGCUCAGGCAGCAGGAGUUCUUAGUCAGAUAGAGAAGGCUAACAAGAAAAGGCAAGGCAUUAAGUGGACGGAAGAAGAGGAGGAAGGGUUCAAGAAGAAAGUGGUGGACGCUUACGAGAGAGAGGCCAAUCCCUACUACUCAACGGCAAGGCUAUGGGACGACGGGAUCAUCGACCCGGCUGACACCAGGAAGGUAUUGGGACUUUGCCUAUCUGCAGCUGCAAACCGGCCAUUAGAAGAUACCAGAUUUGGUGUGUUUAGAAUGUAAAACUCAAAAGCCAAAAGAUGCAAUAAAAAUUGUAAGCCCCCUUCAGAGCUAAACAUUGAAGGUUGAAGCCAUAUUUGAACAUGUUGGUUGAAAUAAAUGAAAGCGGUUAUUAUGGAUA